AACUUAACUGCUGAUAUUUUUUUAGGGUUGUGUUUGGAAAAGAAACCUGUCCAUCUCGCAGCAGGUGAAUUCCCUGUUGCUAUCAACAAACACACACACACCGUGACAGGUUUACAGCAACACUUAAGUCUUGGAGGAAAAAAUACCACAUCCAACUGCCAAAAUCAGGUCUGGAUUAUUUCUUACCUCUGAUCACGAACAGCUGACAAGCAGCAAGUGACAUCCAGAGGUUUACAAUAACGAGACACCCGCAAUGAAAAGAACAGCAGCACACGUCUGGACUUGUGUGCUUCUUAUUUGGUUUCUUAAGAAGACGGAUGGAAAAACUCCAGAUGUCUAUGUAACCUGUCAGUACUCCGAGGACUGUGUCCUUCCAUGCAGCUUCACCCCCUUGGGCAGGGAGGAGGAGAUUCGCUGGUUCAGACAUGACACCCUGAUUUACAGUCAUCCACAGAGCACAAACUGGCACAGCGAGCUUUUUUUGGGCAGGACGUCCAUUUCAGCUAAUGAGCUGUCACAUGGGAAUGCGUCACUCCUCCUGCAGCACUGCGUCCUGAGCGACAGGGGGCGCUACAGGUGUCAAGUGACAAAGGGUGAAAAAAUGGACAACUACUUCAUUGUACUUAAAGUGGAAGCCCCUAUCCGCUCAGUGAAUCUCGAGAUCACUCGUCUAAGUGGUUACAAGGAGUUCAAGUGCUCCACGUACAAUGUUUACCCCGCUCCUCACGUCUCCUGGUCCACUGACCCGCCCAUGCCGAUGGAGAAUCUCAAAUACACAACAAGAAAGGUGGCUAAUAAGCAGGGGCUGUACACCAUGGACAGUAAACUGAAGAGGCUGGGCCAGCAUAGCAACCUCACCUACAUCUGUACCGUCAACUCAUCCUCUUCAGAUCAGACGUGGACUGUAUUGCUGACCGAGACAGUUCAAAACAACGUCACACUCACAUCCAAGCUGUACUCGUUCUCCACUUGGACUGAAAUAAACUCAGCUGAAGGUCAGGACAUCACCAUCCCCUGCAGAAGCCCCUGGAACCUGCAAAACUUUACACUGACCUGGUCCUUCACCAGAGCAAAUACGUCCACCAUCAUCUGCACUUACGACAGCGAGACACAGCUGAUAUCCAACCGCUGGAACGGCAGGGCAUGGCUCGAACCCCAGCGUGUACAGGAAGGCGAUGGAUCCUUGCGACUGCUCAGCGUGCAGAGCCUGGAACACACUGGAAUGUACACCUGUAACAUCUCAACACUCCAGAGGAAUCACGUUGGACAAACCAGGGUCAACAUUUCUUCAGCCCUUUUUGAAAAUGAGACUCGGAGGAUGAAAAGCUCCAAACCGUGGUGGAUUCCUGUAGUCAUCGUCAUCGCUAUAAUUAUCAUCAUUGCAGCUGUUAUAGCAGGAAUAGUGAAAUUACAAAAGAAGGGCUCACAAACCAAAACUGCAGGAAUGGACAGAUAUUCCAUUGAGAUUAAAGUUCCUGUAAACAAGAGUGAAGAAAUAACAGAAGCAAGUAAUUUAACUUCUGAUCAGAGUAAAGAUGUGAAGAGGACUGCAUCAUCAUCGUUGUCGUCUUCUACAUUUCCACAAAACCUUCACAGAAAAGAUGAACAGAGAGCAGGAUCCGAGCUGCAUGAGGAAAAUCUCUGCUGUUUAUCAUCACAAUAACGGAUUUUAACUUUCCUUUGAGAUCACAAGGCUGAUCUCGAUCUCUCUCUCUGCACAGAAAUCCGUGAGAUUAGGUGUGACACUACUGAUGGUGUGUUUUAGAUAUAAAUAUAAACUUUUCAGGAAUGUAAUGAGUGAAAUAAUUUUUAUAAAUACAAAUAAAAGGAAAACCAGAACAGAAACUA